AUGGCUCACGCACCAAACGACUCGUUGGACGAACGGCUUGAAAGAGUACAUCAGACACAAGUUGACGUGGACACAGAGAUAGACCGAAUGCGUAGUGAGUUAGGGGGUAAACAACCCCUCCAAGGAACAGCGGGCUCGAACAGACCCGCGGGCGAGGUCACGGAGGCGGGUAGAAACUCCGAUGAUUCCUCAAAUACUUUGUUUAUGCGCGAGUUGAUGCAGGCCUUCCGAGAAUUGCAAACUGAAGUGUUCGAGGACGACGAACCGCUUAGACGUCGCACAAGGGCCGACGAUGUAACGCGAGAACGCGAUAGCGCGCUGGACGUGACGUACGGACGGACGGCAGCGGACGUGAGAAAUCAAACGGCGCACUUAAGUGAUUACAUGUUGUUGAAAGAGGCGCGCGCGAUGAUACCAGUAUUCGACGGCAAAACGCAGACGCAGUUACGCGAAUUUUUAAGUGCGUGUACUUACGCGAUGAAAAAUAUNAAUCCGGUAGACGAAAGAACGCUAUUGGAAGCAAUACUAUGUACCAAACUAAAGGGACAGGCCUUGCUGGACUUUGAAAUGCGAGAUAUUCACAGUUUCAAACAACUGAAAAAUGAGUUAGAAGCAACAUACUCUGCUAAAAAAGGCACGACGGAGCUACAAAUUGAGUUCAGUUCUCUAAAGCAGAAAACGGGGGAAAACGCGCUAACGUUUGGACAACGCGUAAAUCAACUUGCCAUGGAGCUUUACGAAUCCAUGAUCGAAGGAAAAGCGGGGACCAAUGAACAAAAGAGAAUUAUCUUGGAAACGAUCAAGGAACAAGCCUUGCAUCAUUUCCAAAUCGGGCUAAAAGAUGACCUUAAAUUAAUAAUAAGAUCACGCAAUUACAAUACGUUCCAAGAAGCAAUAGCGGGAGCAGGCGCGGAAGAAAAGGCCGCGGGGACAAACAAAAAUAAAGUACCGCCACAACCACGAAAUGCUAACAGAAACCAUAACUGUUACAAAUGCGAAAAAACAGGGCAUUACGGGCGAGAGUGUCGCUCAAGCCGAAACAGUUUACCGAAACCAGAAGGGCAACGUAGUGAUGAAGAAUGCGACCACAGAAGAAAAAAUAAACCAAUAGAAGCAGCAGAGCUUCAUGUGACAGCGGUAGACACGAACCAUGCAAGUCUAGACCUAGUGAGCGUACCAAUUGUCGAAACAAAAAAGGGCACAGCCGAAUUGUUAUAUGAUACGGGAAAAAUAAUAAUUGGAAAAGACUCAAUGGUCUUGUAUCCAUAUCACGCGAUAACGUUACCGCCGCGGUGCGAGACAAUAAUACGGGCAUUUACAAACGUGAAUCACGUGGGUGUCGUGCAAGCAAAAGAGGAACAGCCGGGAAUCUUUAUCGGGAGUUGCUUACUGCAACCUGAGAACAAUGUGUGCCCCGUGAGUGUGAUAAACAUUACGGAACGAGAAGUGAAGAUGCAAAUGCCACAUGUAACGCUAGACAAAUUGCAGUUAGAUACGCAAAAAGCGAAGGCACAGGUCGCCAAAAUAGAGAUAGAAAAGUCAGAAAUAGAGCGACAAGAAAUAGUGAAAACCUCCUUACGCAUGCAACACUUAAAUCAAGAAGAAGAAAAAAGUUUAAAAGAAAUUUGCGAGGAAUAUAGCGACGUAUUUCAUCUCCAGGGAGAGACACUGACCUGCACCAACGCGGUAUCGCAUUACAUACCGACGAAAACGGACUGCAGACCGAUAAACGUACAACCAUACAGACUGGCUGACAAACACAAGCAAGAGGUAGAUAAACAGAUAAAUGAAAUGUUAGAAAACGGUUUAAUUAGACAUAGCACGAGUCAGUGGAACACGCCACUAUUAGUAGUACCAAAAAAACUAGACGUCCGGAAUCUUGCCUCGGGGUAUCAUCAGAUACCUAUGGCCGAGGAGGAUAAGCAAAAACCGGCGUUUUCUACGUCGUAUGGGCACUUCGAAUAUAACCAAAUGCCAUUCGGAUUAAAAAAUGCACCCGCCACGUUCCAAAGAUUAAUGAACACGGUACUGGUAGGGAUGCAAGGUGUUAAAUGCUUUGUGUACUUAGACGACAUCGUGAUCUACGGGACACAUUUAAAAGAACACAAUAGCCGGUUAAAAGAAGUAUUAAAACGAUUGAGAAAAAAUAAGUUAAAGUUACAACCCGAUAAAUGCGAAUUUCUAAGAAAAGAAGUCACGUAUUUAGGGCAUAUCAUAACGGAAAACGGCAUUCUGCUCGACCCGUCCAAGAUAGACGCGGUAAAAAAUAUUCCAUUACCAAUAAAGUUAAAAGACGCGCAAGCAUUUAUUGUGUAUCCCGAUUUCAACCGCGAGUUCAUCGUCACGACAGACGCGUCAGGUUACGCGGUCGGAGCGGUCUUAUUGCAGGGCGACGCGGGGGAAGAUAAGCCCAUCGCGUACGCGAGUCGCGUGCUAAACAAGGCGGAACGAAAUUAUAAUACAACUGAAAAGGAAUUGUUAGCAAUAGUAUGGGCUGUUAAUCACUUUUGA